AUGCGUUCAACCAUCUUCACCAUCGGCAUCACUGCCUUCCUUUCCACCUUCGCUGUAGCUGCUCCUACACCUUCCACAGACGCUGCAGCUAAGCGCAUGCCAACUCCAGAGCAAUUUGAGGCUCUUGCCCCGGCUGAGAAGAGGAAGUCAGAUAUGCAGGGAAACAUUCAAGUGGAAUGA